UACGGCGACCCAUAGUCAAAAGUGCCAGAAUUCGAAGAUUGCCCGAACUUGCCGAAGAAAUGUGAAUAAGGAACUGCUGGAACAUUUGUUUUUAAGUUAUUUGUUUUCAUGUCAUAUUGAAAAAUUAGACUGUGAAUUUAUACAUGAAGCAUUCGGAGAAGUACCUUGGAGAACGCUGCAAAUUGUGUAGGACCUUGGACUUCAACUGGCCCUGUCCUGAUAGCAGACGAGUCUUUUGCAGUUGCACCCGUGAUCUGCUCGCUCACCGUACCGGGGGACAAAGCCUACCGGUACGUUGUUCCGCUAGCGCGCCGCUUCUCUGCCGUGACUGCACAACUCUGCAUUAGCAUUCUCCUCACUCAGCUCAGUCCUCCCGUCACUGAAAAAUGGAGCGUGGCUGCGAUAUUGAAAGUGCGAAAGAUGAAACAAGUCGCCGACCUUUCCACGGCCAUGGUUUCAAAAUUCAGGAACAUGAUUAUGAUAAGGAGUCGUCAUUGAGAUCAGUUCAGUUGACAGAGAAAGAAAGAAAGAUAUGGAUGGCAAUGCUCUUCAUCGGAACAUCCUUGGCAUACAGCUGCCGGACUGUCAUGUCUCUUGUAGCUAUGGAAAUGGCUAAUGAGUUUAAAUGGGACUGGGCUCAGGUGGGUUUCCUUCUCGGCAGUUUCUUCUUGGGCUACCCCAUCCUGCAGAUCCCAGGACUAGGGCGUGGUCUACGUGACCGUGUUGGUGUGGAUAACUUCAUUGCCGUCUGUGGUCUGUGUUGGUCUACACUAACGUUUAUCACACCAAUCGUACCAUAUGCCUUCGAAUCAAACGAGAUUGCUCUAAUUGCCAUGAUUUGUAUUCGCUUUCUGCAAGGUGUAGCUCAAGGUCCCCACUAUCCAUUCAUGAGCCGUCUUGUUUCAGCAACAGCACCUCGCAAGGGAAAAGGGUUUGCCAUUUCAGCAUUGUCUGCGGCUAUGUACUGUGGAAUUCUGGCUAAUGGACUACUUGGAUCGAUAUUACUUGGUUUUUUUAAAUGGCGCUCUCCAUUUUACCUUUUUGGAGUACUUGGAAUCAUCUGGUCAAUAGUUAUGUUCCUGUUCUGGUAUCUCAGAAGGAAAUAUGCGGCAAAGAUGAAGAAUCAGAGCAAUGAGGGCAUGGAGCCGUUAAUCCAAAACCUUGCCUCGUGUCAAGAGCUGAAGACUGCAAAACCAUUUUUAUUUCGGAAUGUGGUAACAAAAGCAUCUUUUUGGGCUAUGUUACUAUCCCAUCAGUGUGUUGAAUUUGUCUUCAUUAUCCUGUUGUCAUGGCUACCAACAUAUUUCUUUGACACAUAUCCCAGGGAAAGGGAUCUGGUGUUUGAUUCCAUUCGAUGGGUUGUUGCUUCAUUCGCAGCAGUUUUGUCAGGAUUUCUAGGUGAUUGGCUGUUGCGGAGGAGACUACCUCACACAAUCACAAGAAAAGUGCUAGCACUGAUAACAUUCCUUGGGCUGUCUAUCCCUUGUUUCAAUGUCGAUGAGACUGACAACUUCCGACUGGCUAUGAAGUACAUGGCCAUAGUAGUGGCAUCUCACGCAUUCUCAAACAGCUGCAUCAGUGUGAACGCCUUUGAUAUAGCACCAGACCACGGAGGAUUGAUUCACGGCACUAGCCACAGUCUGGCUUCACUCCCGGGAUUUUUAGGGACGUUCAUCGUAGGUCACAUUCUUCAUACACGGAACUCGGGCGAGUGGAAUGUUGUCUUCCAGAUGAGCGGAACCGUUGGUCUGGUAGGCCUGGCCAUCUUUACAUUCUUUGGAAGCGCUGAACCUGUCAUUUCGUAAACUGAAACCUUUCUAACAACAAUCUGCAUAGAUCAUAAGCAUGGCAUUGUGUCGAGAUGAAAGUGAAGGCUCUAUAGUGUUAGAAUGAGGGGUGUACCGGUAUUUUCAUUUGGUCCAAUGUGAAUUUGUCCAAUUGCCAACUCCUCUACUAUCAUUUGGUCUACCACAAGUUCGUCCAAUGUUCGCAUGGUCUAAUUGCCAUUUCGUCCACUCACCAUUUUGUCUAAAAACCAGUUAGUCCAAUAGCCAUUUAGUCCAUAUACCAUUUGGUCUAAUUAAACUAAGUGUUCAUUGGGCAAAAUGAAUGAAAUUAAACGAAUAUCAGACCGACUGGUUAUGAGACGAAAUGGUCAUAGACGAACUGGUGAUUGGACGAAAUGAUGAUUGGACCAAAUGGUUAUUGGACCAAAUGGUUGUUAGACGAAAUGUUGACGGACGGAAUGGUAUUAGACUUAAUGAAAGUAGACCAUGUGGUGGAUGAGUUGGCAGUAGUCGAAUUUGCAAUUUACUAAAUAAGGUACCUUGUUAAAAGCAAGAGCCUUUCAUGCUUGAAUCCCGAAGGCCACCUUUCAUUACCAAUUCUCACGCUUCAUCAGAGACAAAAACAAUAUGGGAUUCAGGAAAGCAGGUAUGAAAAGACACACAGUGCCUUAAUAGUGGGAUUCCUGCUUAAACAAGCCACUCAGACUUUUGACGAGGCUCCUUCCAAUUCAUCUUGUAUAUCAUUUCGGUAAUUUUUAUACGCCCGUCCUAGACAGGACGUAUUAUGGUAUCACGCUCAGUGCCCGUCUGUCUGUCCGUCCGUCCAUCCGUUAACUUUUCCUUGUAAACGUGAUAACUUCAGUUUAACUUAGCCUAGGCUCAUAUAAUCAGGUGUGUAUUAUACUAGCAUGGAUCCCAGGAAGCCUGUAGAUUUUGAGGUCAAAAGGUCAAAGGUCAAGGUCACAAUGACAUGUUUUCAUCUUACCAUUCUGUAGUCCUUUUAAAUGCGAUAACUUCAGUUUAACUUAACCUAGGCUCAUAUAAUUUGGUGUGCAUGAUACUAGCAUGGAUUCCAGGAAUUCUGAUGAUUUUGAGGUCAGAAGGUCAAAGUUGAAGUCCCCACCUUCCACUUUUAUUGCUUGACCAAUGUCACAAUUUUCCGCAUUUCAGGCGGGCGUAUUAUGUGCUUGCCUUAGCGUCACUUGUUUUAAGUAUGGUAUUUACUUGUUAGCUUAUCAAAUUUGCACAAGUGUGCAAUGUAAUCUACUAGUUUGUCAUUUUUCUGAAAUAAUAUGAUUUAUUUUAUGUAAGUUCAUUAUGCUAAUUUAUACAUGAAUCGUGCGUUUUGUUCCCUAAUUAGUGAAAAUAUUCUUUGUAGCAUUCCAAUCAAACGUUUUGAAAAAAAAAAAAUUAUUUUUUCAUUUAUUUAUUUUUUCAAUUUUGGUUUAUAGACAUUUUCGUUUGUAGUUUUUAAGCUUUAUUUUGCUAAAAAUCAAUCAAUUUUAUCCAGGGAAAAUAAUCACAUCUUUAUGGAAAAGAUUGGAAACCUCCAUUCACAUUGACUUUGUACACGAAAUCAUGUUUUUUUUUGCAAUUUGGGGUCUGACAUGAACUUGGAAAAUCUUAAAAGAUGUGCGAGUAUUAGAAAAGUCAGUAAGUGCCGCAGUACAAACAUUUUAUGUGGGGGAAUUUUCGCUGUAAAAACUGAUUCAACUCCCGGCAAUUUUGGGUUAAAAAUAUAUUAAUUGAUUGGGUGAUUACAGUGUCAUCUUCAUUGGGUAUCACAGUUGCAAUUUUGUCUUGCCUAACCUAGCAGAUCGGAUUUGAGACAUGCUGCUUUUCUUAUCUGAGCAGUGUGAAUUAAUCUUAAGCUACAAGAUUUUUUUUUUUAAGGAAACUCUCCUCCAAGCAGCUCAUUUGUGAAUGUCUUGCCAUAGAACCAUGCGCUUCAGGGUAGUUUGGAAAUACAGACCCUUGGUUUCAUAUUAUGCAUGAACCUACAGGGUAUUUUUAUAAGGGUAUCUUAAGUCUUUUUUGAAGCAAUUUGUGUAUAAUUGUUUUGACUUUUAUAUUGAAGAUUAAAAAAGCAAAGAAAAAUGAAAAUCCAUAGUUUAUUGUUCGAAACAGAUAUCUGAAACAUAAAUUUUGGGUUAAAAAUAUAUUAAUUGAUUGGGUGAUUACAGUGUCAUGUUCAUUGGGUAUCACAGUUGCAAUUAUGUCUUGCCUAACCUAGCAGAUCGGAUUUGAGACAUGCUGCUUUUCUUAUCUGAGCAUUGUGAAUUAAUCUUAAGCUACAAGAUUUUUUUUUUUCAAGAAAACUCCUCCAAGCAGCUCAUUUGUGAAUGUCUUGCCAUAGAACCAUGCGCUUCAGGGUAGUCUGGAAAUACAGACACUUCAGUUUUAUAUUAUGCGUGAACCUACCAGGAUGGGUAUCUUAAGUCUUUUUUUAAGCAAUUUGUGUAUAAUUGUCUUGACUUUUAUAUUGAAGAUUAAAAAAGCAAAGAAAAAUGAAAAUGCAUAGUUUAUUGUUCGGAACAGAUAUCUGAAACAGAAAUACUCCGAAAAUUCAUUUUGUUCUGUGGAAAAAGGAGUAAUUCCUUGGAGUUAAAUUAAAUAAAUUUAACCCCUUGCCUCUGUUUAUGUAGAUAAAGUAAAAUGAUAAAAAGUUAUACAAUCAUUUAUCAUCCCAUCAAAUGGGGCCUUUUUGAAAGAGUUUUACAUGUUAAUAAUUUUUUUCAUUCUGAGAAAUACUCAGAAAAUUCAUUUUGUUCAGUGGAACAAGGAGUAACUCCUUGGAUUUUCAUUAAAUAGAUUUGACACCUUGUCUCUGUAUAUGUUAAUAAAGUAAGUUUAAUGAUAAAAAUGUAUUAUUUAUCAUCCCAUCAAAUGGGGCCUUUUUGAAAAAGUUUUACAUGUUGAUAAUUUUUUCUUCAUUUAUUGAGUCUUUAAUUGUACAGGCUAGCUUGUUCAGUUGUCUUAUAUAACACUGUUUCACAGGAAGGCCCUGUAGGCUGUUGGCUCUGAAUUAUUCAGAUGUAUUCUUUAUGGAGGCCUUUACUUUGAGAUGUAGUAGAAAUGUCUUUCGACUUGAUAUACAUGUAUACAUAUUUUUGUGACCCUCCACCUUAAAACCCACAAUAAGUCGCCUAAAAUGAAUUUCCAAUUUUUUAAUGGAUUUAAAAAGCAGAUCCUAAUAAUAAAGCUUUGAAAUAUUUUCAUGCUUGCAAGAAUUGAUCAGCAAUGUCCACACAAGCAAUUUAUUUUAUGAAGAAGAAUUUUAGUGAGAACUUCAAAGAAUAAAGAGAAAUCAAACUUUGUUGUUCAAUAAAAAAUGACAGUAUUUUACUUCCAAGCAGUUUAAAACUUUCAGCAUUCAGGAAAAAAAGUAUCAAAGAAACCCGUGUAUCUUUUCUAUUUAACUUAACAACUUUAUGAAAAUCGAUAGAAUGGAGAAAAUUGACUCUCUCUCUGAUAAGUUAAUUUUCAAAUUUUGAUUUGUUGAGACCAAAUUACUACUUUGCCUAGCUACAGAAAACCUUGCCACAUGGUUUAUUGCUGGUUUUGAGGUGGUUGAUCAUGAAACAAAAUUAAUGAUAAUCAAGAAUAACUGUCUUUCAUUGUGAGGUGUGGUUUGAAGAAUUGAAAUGUUUUAUGAAAUAUUGAUGUUUGUUAUGUACUAUGUGUUAAUUUUUUUUAUAUUAAGAAUUCCAAAAUACAAGGUGUCAUACAAGGCGAUAGCUCAGUGAGGAGGCGCGAUAGCUCAGUCGGUAGAGCAGGGGAUUCGUAUUCCGGUGACCCGGGUUCGAUUCCCACUUGGUGUGCUAGUGCCCUUUGGUAAGGCAUUAAUCCUCAUCACCAGGUCCUUCGGAGAGGACCUUAAGCCGUUGGUCCUCUGGUUGCUUGCUUACAAGCAUUCAUGCUUUCUUAGCAAUCAGGUAAAAAAUCCCCACCACUUCUUGUACCACUAAUGUGACUGUAAAAUAUUAUUGUACAUGUUCUUGCAAUUGCUGAAUUUGCUUUUGUCAUUAGAUUUUUUUAUCUCAUGAAUAUAGGCCAAGUGCCCGGGGGGGGGGGGGGGGCAGUCAAUUGUAUUGCUGUACACAUGCGUGACCAAAUUAUUUCCAAACACCCCCUAAACGAGUUUUUUCUCUGUGUGCAAAAUAACCCCCUAAACAAUUUGGCCCCUAAACAAUUUGGCCCCUAAACAAGUUGUCGCCAGAAUAUGACCUCGGGGAAAAAGCUUGGGGAAGAAACAUACCCUAAACACGUUUGGCUAGUCUUAAAAAAAAAAGCUUUGAAAAAAACACAUACCCUAAAUAUGUUUGACCCCGCGAUUGACCAGUCUUUCAAAACCACCCCUUUUCUUGAAAAUCUGUGUUUUUGAAACCCUAACGAGUGCACGCGCGGCCCGCGUCCAAAACUGAGAAAACGCCCCUUUAAACGCGGUUUUUUUUUUGGUCACGCAUGUGUACAGCAAUAUAUUUGACCGGGGCCAAGUGCUAAUUUUUCCUUUAUGCAACUCAGAUUUGUGGUGAUGUCUAUGCAUAUGUACAUGUACAGCUGUGCAUGAUGAUUUCCUUGUAUGAAUUUGAGUUUGUUUGGUGAGAAAAUGCUAUUUAUAGUUUGAUGGUGAAUGGUUUAUUGUAAUAUCAAAUAAAGUCUCCUGUUUUUUAGUUUAAAGGUA